UAUAAGACUCUUAUAAAUGCUCUUAAGGAACUCGGCUUUACCUAUUAUCUAUAUAAUAACGCAGUGUUUAAGAAAGGUUUAAUGUUUAUCUUAGUUUACGUCAAUAACCUGCUUAUUACUAGGCUAGAUCUCGAGUUAAUUGAAGACGUUAAGCAAUUACUUAAACAACGCUUUAAAGUAAAGGAUAUAGGUAAAUACUAG